AUACUCCGCCACAAAUGAAAUGAAAGCUAAUGGCUGCUGUACUCUAAUCACGAAACAGCUGAUAUGCGUCUUUUAGUUUUACAUAUAAAUCGGUGUUUUGUUUAAAUUUAUCGUUUGAAUUUGCUUAGAUGAAACGUUAUUCGUGUGACAAUUUUGUGUGGAUAUCAGGAUGUCACUGACCAUACAGCAAAUAAUUUUGGAUGCUAAACGACUUGCGGGACGUCUCAAAGAGCGCGAGACUGAAGCUGAUGCUUUGCUAACCGAAACUCAAACUGCUUACCGACAAAUACAUACGAUGAAACAGUAUAAAGAAGAAGUUGAUACUUUGAAUGAGGCCUCUCGUGAGAGACCACGUGGGGCUCUCAUUGGCAGUAUUGAGCGGGAGUCACGUCUGAUGAGGGAUGUACAACGUGAGAAUGGUGAGCUGAGGGCAGCUCUGGAAGAUCACAGACGAGCAUUGGAACUCAUCAUGUCCAAGUACCGACAGCACACUGAGAAAAGAGUAUGGGAGUCACGGAUAGAUUUUACAAAUGCUAUCAAUGAAAAGCAGCAGGAGUUGAUCCGGCAACAAGCUGAAAGAAUUAACGAGAUGACAAGUAUUAUGUACAAAGCCGUCACUUUGGAUGAAAAUAGUGAUGCGAGGAAAGAAGAGGAACUCUACCAAAGGCUCAUUACAGAAAAUAAGGGUUUGAGAGAAAUGCUCGAUCUGUCAAGGAGAUACGGGUCAGACCGUCCGUGUGUCCCGCUCACGGAGGACAAGGACGUGCAGACAGAUGGGCCGCCACUGUCUGGCGCGUGACGGUCCGUGCUCGAGCCCUGCCGCCUGUGAACGCACGGCGCUGGCGGCCCUGGAAUCGCCGCCUCGCCGCGACACUCUCAUAGGUAGACAACACACCUCCUGUCCGCACAUUUGAAACCCUAACAGCACGGACUCUUGUACUCAAUAGUGUGUACAUAUUUACUUAAGAAAACUACGUAACUCAUGUGUCCAAAGUCCCUCAGAAGUUAUAAUCCAGUACCAAUGAAAUUAUGUGUAGAUGACUUUAAUAUUAUAUUGUCCAAAUCUAAGUUUGGAUGUGUCGUGACGGUUAUGACGUCGGUAUGCAUUCGAAUUUAGUGACAAUAAUUGUCUUAUGGUAUCCUACGUAACUAUUGGGCAUUGUGGCCCGGAUUUCAUAACAGUAAGUAAUCUUAAUACGUGAUUGGGCUGAUUGUAAGGCAGUUGUGAUACAACUGUGACGUACUUGCUGUGAUAUGACUAGCAGAAUAUCAUCCACUUCGACUAGUACUUACUGUCCACGUUAUGAGGUGCAUCAAUGUUGCAAAUGAGAUGAUGAAUCGGAUUAAUGUCAGAUGUGCCGGCAGGGUUGUAUUGAUUUGCUAACAACAGUCACCGUUCCAGUAUACAACUUGUAUUUUAUUGUUACUCACAGGUUUUGGAUCUUAGGUCUUUUGACAUACGUACCUUUCAGAUUCACAUUUAUUUUAAAAAUGUGAGUGUUACAAAUUAAAUACAGCGAAGAACUACAAUGUAGCUAUUAAAACAUUUGGUUUAUCCUUUGGUUGUAUUUGAUGUUAAAUAUUAUAAAAUAGGAAUAUAUUUAAAUGGCGUUUCCAGUUAGAGCUCAUGUUAUAUCUAUAAAUAGAUUGUAUCGUGUUCACACAACGUCUAUAAUGAUAAUGCCAUUUUGUGUAACCAAAUCACUUGAUAUGGCAGAAACUGUGAUCUUUAGUAUUGCGCUGUUAAGUUGUAGAAUGUUUCAUUCACUGUGCUUCACUAAACACUCAACCACUUAUUAGACUAAUUGAUGAUAAUAAUACAUAACUUCAUUUGUUUUAAUUCAUAUAAUAUUAGACAUCUUCUUAUUGUAAUAUAAAGCUUGCAACAUCAUGGCAUGUGUGGUUGGUCACCUUUUAAUUUGAAUAAAGUUUAAUGAAAUAUAUUUAUCUCAAACCAUAAUAUAAUCUAUCAUUUGUUUGUAAUACUCGUCAUAUACCUACCAUAGUUAUGUUUUAAAUUCUAGUAAAUGUACUUUGUUUAGCAUGAUAUUAGAAUUCUCGAAUUACAUUUAGAAUUAAAGAAAUUGUAACUUUUAUUUGUCACUGCUCUUACGACCUCCUUGAUGUCCUGCAGAAAGAUAUAUAGGAGGGUUAAAUUGAGUAUUAUAUUAUCAUUACCUAAUCACAUGUUUACUAGUCAAUUCAUUGAGCAGGUCUAAUACUGUAUACCUAACACUGCAUAGGGGUUUAUGUUUUAGUUCAUGUUGUUGAAUCAUAGUUAAAAUAGAAAGUAACCUGCAUCAUCUGUUAUGAUUGUUGAGUGUGCAAAUUGAUUGCAAUAGUGUUUAUCAUUAAAGUAUAUGCAAUAUUUUUUCAUGUAAUUUAGCGGGAUCAGCUUUGAAUGUUAGCAUAAUGGUAGAAGUUGUAGAUGAUUCUUUGUAGGGAACUUCGUAAAUUCUUAAUGCCAGAGGCAAAUACAAGCAAUACACUAAGAACUGUUUUACAUGUAAGGUAUCUUCGUUGACUCAGGCUCACUUCAUGAUCAUUACUUUAGUGUACAAUAGGGUAGCUGUGCUUGUCUUGCAUUUCAUUGGAAAGUAAUAUAGAAUAAUAUAAUAUUUACUCAUCUACAGGAUACAUUCGAUGCAAUAAUUUGAGAUAUGACAAGGUUCAUUUAUGAGAUUUAUAAUGUUCUUAGAUAUUAGAGAUGAAUAAAAUUGUUAUUAUAUAAACCUACGACUUGAUUUUCCCUUUACCUGGUUGUGUGGUUUACUUCGUUUAUAGGACAAUUUAACCAAUCACCAAUGAAAAUUUUAAGGAUAAUGUUGAGUUCUUAUUUCCUUUAAGUAGUUAAUAAGUAACCUUGUUAAGAUAAAUUUAGGAGUGCUUACUUGUGUUUGUAUCUUAUGUUUAUGGUCACUGUGCCGACACACCCACUUGCACAAAUAGCAAAAUGUUAGUAAAUUGUUUUAUUUACAUUCAUUAACUGAACAAUCAGGUUUAAAACACCAUUAUUAAAAUCAAUAUUAAUAUAACCUUAGUAAAAUUUAUGAUAAAUGAAUUUUGGAAGGAAAUAGAUCUUUGUUAAAAACUAUUUUUACAGUUAAUUAGAUGUUAAAUUAUAUUUUAAGGGUCCUCAUUAUAUGGCUCCAGAAUAUAUAGAAAAUAUUAUAAUUCAAAUACCUAUAUUGUAUGUUUCUUAAAUGUACACGCUUGUAUGAGGUUUUAAACUUAAAAACACAUGUAGUUGAAAAAAGUUUAGAAUAAUGUUUCUGCUUAGUUGAUAUGCAUUUAUAUUAUACCUCAUUAUUGGGAAUUAUACCUCCUAUUUUGUUAAACCUAGAUGGUUUCUUGUGGAACCUUUAUGUAAUGUGCUAAAAUCUUUAGUUAGAGACAAUUUAUGAAAAAUCUGUGUGAUAAAUCCAGUCCACUUGAGACUUGUAAUUGUUUCAUAUCUGGCAAUGCCGAUAAAAUUGGCGUAAUGUUUCGAAGACAUACAUAGAUACCUCUGUUAUGAGCAAUGGUAGGGGUCACUAGUUUUUUCUGCUGUAGAACAACACUGUAGAGCAAAAUGAUUAAUGUAUGUUUAAUUAAAAAUGUAAUUGAUAAUUAUAUGAUAUAAAAACUAAUAA